UCCAAGCUCACACAUUUAUUCUGUCUCUUCUUUCCAUCUCUUUCUUUCUCCCUGUUCCCCUGUCCCUAUUCUGUCUGUCUUGUGUCACUUUUUUCCUGUCUUCCUUGUAAUUCUGUCUCUCUCUUAUGUCAGGCAUACAUGCUCAUCUCACACCAACACAUAUUCUCAGUCACACCGGGUCGUACGUUUACCAGUCUUGUAUCAGUCUUCCUCCCUCUCCUCUGGUUUGCUCAAUCUCUUGGAUUUUGGCUGCUGGUCCUCCAUCAUAGCUAUUCUGCAUUUACUCCCUGGUUGUGCUCACUGCGUCAGGAAUCAGCAGCAGACCGAGAGGCCGUGAUUGGUGAUUAACUGUCGUAUCCCGUGGUCACGGUGAAAGAACACCACCCCCGGCAGGCUGGCCACACUCCCUCCCUCCUGCCUCCAUGUAUCCUGAAUCUACCACAGACUCCCCUGCUCGCCUCUCCCUCCGACAGACUGGCUCACCGGGCAUGAUCUACAGAAACCUUGGGAAGUCGGGCCUGCGGGUGUCCUGCCUCGGAUUAGGAACAUGGGUGACGUUUGGUGGACAGAUAACGGAUGAGAUGGCAGAGCAGCUGAUGACUCUGGCCUAUGAAAAUGGCAUCAAUCUGUUUGACACAGCGGAGGUCUACGCUGCUGGCAAGGCAGAGGUGGUGCUUGGAAACAUCAUAAAGAAGAAAGGAUGGAGACGUUCGAGUCUGGUGAUAACAACAAAGAUCUUCUGGGGUGGAAAAGCGGAGACUGAAAGAGGUUUAUCCCGAAAACACAUUAUAGAAGGUUUAAAGGCCUCUUUAGAAAGACUGCAGUUAGACUAUGUGGAUGUGGUUUUUGCGAACAGACCGGACCCUAAUACACCGAUGGAAGAAACGGUUCGAGCAAUGACCCAUGUGAUAAAUCAAGGCAUGGCCAUGUACUGGGGAACAUCCCGCUGGAGCCCAAUGGAGAUAAUGGAAGCUUAUUCUGUGGCGCGACAAUUCAAUCAGAUUCCUCCCAUCUGCGAGCAGGCUGAGUACCACAUGUUCCAGAGAGAGAAGGUGGAGGUGCAGCUACCUGAGCUCUUCCAUAAGAUAGGUGUGGGGGCCAUGACGUGGUCACCACUGGCCUGUGGGAUCAUCUCAGGGAAAUAUGACGGCAGGGUGCCUCCCUACUCUCGGGCCUCUCUGAAGGGUUACCAGUGGUUGAAGGACAAGAUCUUGAGCGAGGAGGGCCGGCGUCAGCAGGCGAAGUUGAAAGAGCUGCAGGCAAUCGCGGAGCGGCUGGGCUGCACUCUGCCCCAACUCGCCAUCGCGUGGUGCCUACGGAACGAGGGAGUGAGCUCUGUCCUUUUAGGGGCGUCCAACACCGACCAGCUGAUGGAGAACAUAGGAGCGAUACAGGUUCUUCCAAAGUUGUCAUCGUCCAUCACACACGAGGUGGACAGCAUCCUGGGGAACAAGCCGUACAGUAAAAAGGAUUACCGCUCCUAACGCGCAGCACGGCUCCGCCCGGCAGGGCUGCACCCGGGCUGCAGCCGCAGCGCCCCACCUUUGCCUGAUCCUCUGUUUGCUUGAGCUUUUACUGAGUGAGACCCUGGCGCAUGAGUCUGGCCACACCAAGGCCACCCAGGGCACCUCAUUUAGAGUUACAGGGAUAAGAUAAGAAAAGGGGGAAAAAAUACAGUCACCUCCAUGGGAAAGGAAAGGGAAGGAAGACAGAAGUGGAAGAGAGGUUAGGGAUAUGCGCUCAUACUUAAAUCAGUUAUACAUUCAAUUCAGCUGAACGUAUUUUAAAAACCGUAGAGAAAAAUACCUUUUUAAAAAAAUAAGCACACGCUUGCUUGGCAGCCAGAUUUCUUUUGAUUUUUUUAAUUUGCUUUUAUUUCUAAAACUGAAUGCAACUAAAAGGAAGAUUAAGUUCAUACUGUACGAAUAUACGAGAAUUACUCUGUUGCACAUGUACCAUAGCCAUGCAUUUGUUCCUUGGACGUUUACAAAACACCCGUGUACUUUACAAGUCCGUCAAGGUUUCUCUGAAAAACCUUUUGUCUGUGUUGUUGACAUUGUCCGUGUACGAGCCUCCUCGCGGGGCUUUAACAAUCAGCACUUUAGUAUUGACAGUAGGUGUCGGAGGUAGUUCUUAGGAGGGGAGAGGAUGGGUAUUACACGUCUUAUCUCACAGCCAUUGCACUAUAGAAUCAUAUCUCCUCCUCCUCAUCCUCCCUUUGUGUCUUCACUGGCGGUGGGUUUGUCCAGCCUCAUGCUCCGGCUCUCCUGUUGAGUCAGGAGCAUAGGCCGACGUGUCAGGGCAACUCGUCUGCCACUGAAGAAAUUAGCUAUUUAUUCACCCCCAACGGUCGAAACUGCAGUCCCGUUCAAUCAAAUGCAGUGUCGUGCUUCACUGUGUCGCCCAGCCUCCGCUCGCCGCUCUCAGGCUGCAGCUUUACUGUGCAGGAAGUGGUCAUAUCAGCUCCGGCUCCACAUGUCAUGGAAACUUCUCCUUGAUUGGAUUCUGUUCAUGUAUUUUGCCUUAUUUACAGUUGCAUCAGACUGCGCUGUGGGUUUUGGCGUAGGCGAGCAGCUCGACAGCUGCCCCUUUGGCCGGCUGGUCUUGUGUCCCCAGUAAAUACUGGAACACUGACUGGAGGAGGAGGCGGUGUGUUCAGUCAAUCAGCAGGUGGCAGCAGCUCAGGGAACAGAGCAGGUGGUUUUAGUCGUGUGUUGGCGUGCACAUGGUCUGGAGGUUGUAUUUACUCGUCUGUCUUUCUUUCAUGUGUGGACACUGGGCAGGACCAGUGACAUCUUAGUGUGGCUUAAGCCAAAGAUUUUCUUCUUCAUCUCUGAGUGUUUCACUCUCACUUCCUGCAAGAUUAUAGAACUCAUCUUGACGCAUGUGCUGUCCGGCUUGUUAUCUAUCUACGGUAUGGACUUUACUCCAUAUAUAUAUAUAUAUAUCUCUCUUUACCUGACCACGCUGUUAUACUCGCUAACAAAUAUGUCCUUCAUAUACAGAAUGCAAAAGUACAGCUACACGCUUUAGGAUCGGUAAGGUUCUUUUCAGAUGACGUACGACCUGAGAUGUGUCAGAAAUAUUACUGCAGAAUUUGACACCGCCCUAUAUCAUUGUUUCUCCUUUGGGUGCUCUCUUACUGUGAUUAAAGCACAAGUGGAUAGCAUGUGAUUCAUCCUCCAAGCAUGGACCCUCUUCAGCCAGCCCACAGUAUGUUCCUACGGGACAAGCAAGGUGGCGCCACUCCGCUUACUAACACGUCGCGUAGCUAACGCAUCUUUACUAACAGCUCAUAGACUAUUGAUUCUUAGCAGAAAA